CGGACGUCAGAUCAACGUGGUAACCAUAGCGAGCUGCGUCACUUUGGGUGAGGGAGAGAGGAGGGGAAAAAAAAGCCAGAGCGCGGUUGUCCUGACGCCACUUGUGUUGUGAGCUCCUUGCACUCUAGAAGAGCUUAACCACGACAAGCAUGCAGCCAGCUACUGCAAAGUGGUAUGACCGAAGAGACUACGUCUUUGUUGAAUUUUGUGUAGAAGACAGUAAGGAUGUUGAAAUAAAUUUUGAAAAAGAGAAGUUUACAUUCAGCUGUCUUGGAGGAGCUGAGAACAUAAAGCAUUUUAAUGAAGUUUAUCUUUAUAAUGCAAUUGACCCGAAUGAUUCCAGACACAAGCGGACAGAUAGAUCUGUCUUGUGCUAUUUACGAAAAGGAGAAUCUGGUCAGUCAUGGCCACGGUUAACCAAAGAAAAACCAAAGUUGAACUGGCUCAAAGUGGAUUUCAAUAACUGGAAAGAUUGGGAUGAUGAUCCAGAAGAGGAAGAUCUAUCCAGCUUUGAGAAGUUUUCACAGAUGAUGAACAAUAUGGGAGGAGAUGAUGGAGACAUCCCAGACGUUGAUGGAAUGGAUGAUGAUGGGUCGCAGGAUAGUGAUGAUGAGAAAAUGCCAGAUCUAGAGUAAACAAAUUGAGGGGAAAAGGCUUCAGGGAAUUGGAAGCAACGCAUUCAUUAAAAUGUUAAUUUUUAACAAAAUUAUAAGUUGAUAGUUGUUCAGGGCAGUGAGGCAUAUUUCAAUCCAUUUUCAACCUGUUCAAAAGGCUUUUCUAGGGGUCGAUGCAUACCAGAGUAUUGGACAAAAUUGCUUACCAGUACAGGACAAUAUAAAAAUAUGCCAUUAUGCAUAUUAUAUGUCAGGACUUGAGUAAAAGUUAUUUACAGUGAUUUGAAUUUGUACUGAUCUAGUACUAAACGUUGUAGUUGGUAUCUAAUACUGAAUUCCUUCAGUAUCAAUUAAGCCACCGUAGCUAAUUCUGCAGCAGUUAGGAUAGUGAGGUUUUAAUAACUUUUCUGAGUGGCUCCAUCUCUUAAGAAUUCGUUCAAACUAUCAAUGGUAUUGAUUGACCCUUAAGCUUCUACAUCUGUUAGUAUGAUGAGUGAUAAAGCUGUACAUUGUCGCUUGUGGAUCUUAAGUGGCUGUACAUUUAGAUGACCAAAAGUGUAUUUGCACUGUCUUGAUUAUGAAUGCAAGUUUUAAGGAAACUGUUAAUACACUAUCUUUAGGAUGUAUUUUGUGAAAUCUGCUCAGUACAAGCUGAAAACCUCAAUUUAUGUCAAAUGCAAUGGAAUUUUUUUUAAGCCUACAAUAUCUUUCUAAUAAACUGUUAACACUUAAA